UGCUUCUCAUCAAAACUACUUGCUCAAUAGCGCAGCGAGAGAGAGAGAGAGAGAAUGGGCUCAAUAGCAGGGAAUUAUGGUGCAUGCAUUUUUGUGGCAGUUUUAUUGAUUCUCUCGAUCAUGCCAUGUGAAGCUCAGCUUUCUUCAUCAUUCUACGAUAAUACAUGUCCAAAGGCACUCAGUACCAUCCGAACAGCGACAAGGAAGGCGGUAUCUCGUGAGCGUAGAAUGGCGGCAUCUCUAAUUCGUCUCCAUUUCCACGAUUGCUUUGUUCAGGGAUGUGAUGCAUCAAUCUUGCUUGAUGAUUCCUCCUCCAUUCAAAGUGAGAAAAAUGCACCUAAUAAUUUGAAUUCAGCUAGAGGAUAUGAAGUCAUACACGAUGUAAAGUCUCAAGUGGAGAGCAUCUGUCCCGGCAUUGUAUCUUGUGCUGACAUUCUUGCAGUGGCAGCCCGAGAUGCAUCUGUUGCUGUUGGAGGGCCAACAUGGACAGUGAAGCUUGGAAGAAGAGACUCCACCACUUCAGGCCUCAGCCAAGUUUCCAGCAACCUUCCUAGCUUCAGAGAUAGCCUUGACAGGCUUAUCUCCUUGUUUGGUAGCAAAGGUUUGAGUACAAGAGACAUGGUUGCCCUCUCAGGUUCUCAUACAAUAGGCCAAGCAAGAUGUGUGACAUUCCGGGAUAGGAUAUACGACAAUGGAACUGAUAUUGACGCGGGCUUUGCUAGUACCAGGAGACGCCGCUGUCCUGCUGAUAAUGGGGAUGGUGAUGACAAUCUUGCAGCCCUCGAUUUGGUGACACCCAACUCUUUUGAUAACAAUUACUUCAAGAAUCUCAUUCAAAAAAAGGGUCUUCUUCAAUCAGACCAAGUACUUUUCAGCGGAGGAUCCACAGACAGUAUUGUCAGUGAAUAUAGCAAGAACCGUAAAACUUUCAGUUCUGAUUUCGCAUUAGCCAUGGUAAAGAUGGGAGAUAUUGAACCUCUCACUGGCGCGGCUGGAGAGAUACGUGAAUUCUGCAAUGCCAUAAACUAAGUUGUUGUGCCUACGUGCUUUAAUUUGAAAUGUCUUUUAAGCGUCAAUACCUUCCAUUGAAAUUUUCUCUCUUCCUUUGUCUUUGCAAGUCGUGUUGAAAAUUACGGUCGUUCAUUGUCUUGUAUUCUAUGUCCAUUAACGAUACAAAGUUGGUUUUGGAGUGUGCC